GGUUUGUCUGCCCACACCCUGUGAGGAAUGUGACUGUGGACGUGGCUUGGAGGGGAAAUCGUGAUCGGAGGAGCAUAAAGACAGACUGGGCUCCUCCACGUGGAGCCUGUCACUGAGCCAACCAGGCAGCGGUAGCAGGCGGCGGGACAGGAGCUGGGGGAGGGCGCAGCUCUCCACAACUACCAGGGCGGUACGGGACGGAGAGCUGUUCUCCAGCUAUGAACCUUUAACCUGCGGAAAUCAACGCUUUGUCCUGUCAACACCUCUACUAUGCACCCAGGUCUGCUAAUGGAGUUUCAUCUGCACCGGCUGGUCUUAUGGGUUUUGUCUCUGUACCUUCUCAUAAACCUGUCCUUGGCAGCACCAGGGCAACCUGGGUCACAAAGAGAAGAGUCAGUAGAUGUCCACCCCCCAUCAGUGGGACUGAUUAAUCCCUUCGGCUCCGGAGAAGAGGAACGCAGGUUGUUGCAGAUCUACAUUCAGCACAGAGUGCAGAACAGCCAAGGAGGACUGGAGAUCAGUUCCUGGGAGCAAGAGGUGUUCUACCUGUUUCGUCUCUAUGACUACGACCGCAGUGGGUUUUUGGACGGAUUAGAGAUGAUGAAACUGCUCUCAGACUACAACUCCUAUCAUGCCCUUAAACCUGAGACCAAUGUGCAAGUGGAGAUGAUGGUAGAUUUACUACUACAAACUCAGGAUCUGAACCAGGAUGGCCUGUUGGACCCUUCCGAACUACUCUCUCCAUCACUCAUUAGUGCACAGGGCUCCAGCAACAACAAAACACCUAAUGAACAGCAGCUAAUGGCAGAAGAGAACAUCCUACCAAACGCCAUCGCUAUGGAGCAGCAACCUGACAUAAUGACCCUACAAGAGGAUUCAAUAAAGCAAACAGAAGAACACCAAGCUCAAGAACAUUUUAAUGCUUUAGUAGAAAAUCAGGAGCAGGCUCACCAUGUUCCUGUGCAUCAAGGGCAACCAGAAAUCUAAAUAAGGUCAAGGACACUAAGCAUCUUUAUUAAUAUUCCUUCCACAGAAAAAUGUGUUGAGUUAAAAAUUACUCAAGACAAAUCAUAAAUUUGUAUAACUAUGUGGUGUUUCUGUUGAGGAGCUCAUAUUGUAUGGGAAAAUAAACUGGACUAUUACACACAGAUGCCUGUUAAUACACUGUGCCUGUUCGGAUAGUCACAGCAUCUCAUGUUACCUCUGUGAUUAAAGUGAUUCCCACAACUUUUACAUGG